AAACGAUAGCAUUAAAUAAUCAUCGGCUGGAGUUCCAUCUCUCACAUGAAAAUUUGUAAGAUUUUAGAGCAGUUCGGUGUCCGUGAUUUCCUCAAUUUAAGCCCGAUUUGUAGUAUUAAAGCUGUAAAAAAAUGCAGCGGGGACGAGCGCGAACCGUAUGAAAUGCAUGCGAAAGUCGUCGGUGCGGCAAAUCAGUGCGAAAAACAUCCCAAAUGCUCCAAGUGAAAAUCACCUAAGCUGAGGAAAACUCCACGCCACACACACACGCACUUGUCCACGCAGAAGAGACAAGUAAAAAGGAAAAGCGGUGUGUUGUGGUCAACUGAAGAGUGCAAAAAGUGCAAAGAGUGCGAAAAGUGCAAAAAGUGCGGAAAGUGAAGUGGCGGGCGUCGGAGAGCCGGAGUCCGUCGCAGGAAAAUCCGUCAGCAUGGAUGUCGAAACACAGGAAAUACGACAGGCUCGUCAACGUGCUUCCGUCAAAUGGCUGCUCUCGAAGGCCUUCAACAAUCGCGUGCCGGACAACCUGAAGGAGCCCUUCUACCGCGACCAUGAGAACCAGGAGCGCCUCAAGCCGCAGAUCAUUGUGGAGCUGGGCAAUGCCACGCUCUACUGCCAGACGCUGGCCAAUCUGUACUCAGAUCCCAACUACCAAAGCAUGAACCACUGGUCAAUAAUACAGACGCUAGCGCGCAAGGGAGUUCCCGUGGCCGAAUCCGCGGACAUGCCCAUUACCGAAACGGUAUUAAUUCAAACAAAUCCGCUGCGAAUUAACGCCCACAUGUCUGUGAUAGAAUCGCUGAUGGUUUUGUAUGCGAAGGAAAUAUCAUCGGGUGACCGCGUCAUGGCGGCCAUACGAAGAAUAUCUGGCAACAACUAUCAGGCGCCCACUGGCCAGUCCUACGAGCAAGCUCUGCUGGGCUGGAUUUCACAUGCUUGCGCCGCUCUAAAAAAGCGCAUUAUCAAGGAGGUGGACGCAGGACUGCCCGACGACAAUGGUUCUCGUCUGCAGACCCCGGAUAUACCACCUGUAAGGGACUUCCAGGAUCUGUGCGAUGGAAUCUGUUUGGCGCUGCUCAUCUCGUACUACUGCCCAAAGGUGGUGCCGUGGACGAGUGUGCGAAUUAACUAUCUGCCCGCCGUCGAGGACUCGAUUCACAACAUCCUGCUGGUCUGCAAUUUCUCGCAGAAGCAUCUGCCCUAUACCGUGAUGCAUAUGACGCCCGAGGAUGUGACCUACAUGCGCGGAUCCAUGAAACUGAAUCUUGUAGUGUUGCUGACGGAUUUGUUCAAUCUGUUUGAGAUACACCCGGCAAAAUGUGUUUGCUACCCCGGCAUGGAUGGUCAGGAUGUCAUCGCCCGGCGCACUAUGGGCGCCAAUGAGCACGGGAUCUGCCAUCGACGGGGCCUUACAGUGCAGCCCGUCACACCCAUUCCCGAUCUGCGCAGCGAUCUCGACCAGCCGCCUGUAGGCUCGCCUCAGAACCGACCACCGUUCCAAGUUCCGCACUCGAAUUCAUUUGGCGGCGGCUUAAAUCGCAGAUCAACCCCGCCCAACGAAUACCAGACGGUUCAGUCAAGUAAUUUUGACGGUAAUCAUGCCGAAGCCUUCGUGGUGCACAAGUCGCGUGGCAUCACCACACUUGCCUCCAUGCACUCGCAGCAGCAGCAGCUCCAUCAGCAGCAACAGCAUCAGCAGCAAUACCAUCAGCAGCAACUUCAGCAGCACCCGUCCCAGUCGCAGCUCCAAAUCCAGCAGCAGGAGCCCUUGGUUCCGGCUCGCUUGCGCCAGGCUAAAGAAAAGACCAAUGUUGAGUCGAAGGCGGACGAGAGAGGCGAUUUUGUCGCUGCGGGUCGACCAAGUAACUGGGAACAGAGCCGCCGGCCAAGCUUUGCAGGUCGUCGCUCGCGGAGAAACUCUUCCAGCGAGGACUCCCAGCUGACCAUCGAGAACUUUGGUGGCUCCCAGGAUCAGCUGAAUACGCUUGGACGAUACGAACGCGACAGGGAACGCAAGUUGUCCAACACUAGUGUGGGUAGUUAUCCAGUUGAACCCGCUGUGGCCGUUCGCUCUUCAAUUGCCGAUGCCAGGGGUACGUUGCAGUUGGGCUACGAUACGGACUCCGGUUCUGAGAAGCAGGAUCGCGAAACGGAAAAGUAUUCGAUGCGCCGGCAAGUCAGUGUCGAUAAUGUGCCCACGGUGUCGUCGCACAAUCUUUCAAAUGCGGGCAGCCCGUUGCCGGUGGCUAGGCACAAGCAACAUUCCAGCGACAAAGACUACAGCAGCAACAGCGGCAUGACACCAGAUGCAUACAACGAUUCCCGCUCCACCAGCGCUUACGAUCCGGAGAGCACGCCCGUUCGCAAAUCCUCGACAAGCAGCAUGCCAGCAAGUCCCGCUGCUUGGCAGUUGGAUGUGGGAGACGACGAUAUGCGCUCGCUGGAAAACGCCAGCAAGUUGUCCACCAUACGAAUGAAACUGGAGGAGAAGCGGCGGCGCAUUGAGCAAGACAAGCGCAAGAUCGAAAUGGCUUUGUUGCGGCACCAGGAGAAGGAGGAUUUGGAGUCGUGUCCGGACGUAAUGAAGUGGGAGACAAUGAGCAACGAAUCAAAGCGUACGCCUGAUAUGGAUCCCGUGGACUUGGACAAGUACCAGCAAAGUAUCGCCAUUAUGAACAUGAACCUGCAGGAUAUCCAGCAGGAUAUCCACCGCCUGGCCACCCAACAAAGCCAAAUGCAGGCGCAGCACCUCCAAGCCCAACAGCUCAUGCAGGCUCAGCAGAUAGCCAACAUGCUGAACCAGCAGCAGACCUAUGGGUCGCAGCAGCACCUAGCUGAUCAUCAUUACCAGCAGCAGAGACCCAUGCAGCAAAGCUUUGGUUCAUCGCCCCAUAUUCCGCAGGCCUACAACGCCCCAGUCAGCGCAUACAGCUCCCGUCCGCCUAGUCGCGAUCCCUACCAGCAGCAGCUCCACCAUCAGCAGCAGCAGCCCAUGCCCAUGCCCCAACCUAUGCAGUACGUCAACGAGCACGGGCAGUAUAUGUCGCCGCCGCAGCCCGCACACUACAUGCCGCAGCAGACACAACAGCCGCAGAGCAUCUACAGCGACAACGGGGCGGCGUACAACCACAGUAACCACUCGCCAUACGGCGGAGCUCCACAGUAUCGGAGCAGCGUGGUGUACGACGAUUACGGGCAGCCCACCAACCACUUCUACCUGCAUGAGUCAUCGCCGCAGCCACAAGCUCAUCCACAUCCGCAGCGUAGGACUUGGGCUCACUCCGCAGCAGCUGCCGCUUAUGAGCAACAGCAACAGAUCCAGCCUUCCCUGGUGGAUGUGAAUGCCUGGCAGACGCAGCAGCACCAAAAGCAGAAACAGACCUGGAUGAACAGGCCGCCCUCAAGUGCGGGAGCUCCGAGUCCUGGCAGCUUUGUGCUGCACCAGAACGGUGGAGGUGGUGGCGGUGGUGGGGGCGAGCUACAGCACCUGUUUCAGGUACAGGCCUCGCCACAGCAUGGCCAACGUCAGGUUAGUGGAUCCAAUGGCGUGCAGCGCCAGCAGUCGCUGACCAAUUUGCGAGACAAUCGCUCGCCCAAGGCACCACCAAACAUGGGAAUGCCCAUGGGUAUGCCGAUGCAGCAAGAGGACAUGAUGGCACCACAGAGUAUUUGCUUCAUCGGUGACGAGGAGGAUGUUGAUGAGCUGGAGCGGAACAUCAUCGAAUCAAUGCAGUCGACGCACAUCUCCGACUUUGUGCACCAACAGCAGCAGCAACACCAACAGCAACUUCAGCAACAACAACGAUUGCAGGGGCACAGCGGUCGAGGCAGCAGCUCGGAGGAUUAUGACAGCGGGGAGAUGAUCUCCAACAAGCUGAACAUCACCAGCGGCAAUCUCACCUAUCGCAUACCCUCGCCAUCCCGUCCCUCCAUCCAAGCCAACAGCUUCCAGGAUCCCCGAGCCAUGGCAGCGGCUCCCGGUGGAGAGGACCAGCCGCCUGAGAAGGGUUUCUACAUCUCCUUCGACGAUGAGCAGCCCAAACGACCCAAGCCACCUCUGCGCGCCAAGCGAUCGCCCAAAAAGGAGUCUCCACCGGGUAGUAGGGACAGCGUCGAUAACCAGGCGACCCUGAAACGUGAAUCGCUUAGUCAUCUGCACAACAACAAUAAUAUCGGAUUUGGAAAUGAUGAUGUCAACAGCAAACCGGUGACCAGGCACAGCAUCCAUGGCCUAAACAACUCCAACAAUGUCAAAUCUCCCGGAAAUGCCACGUACAACAAGUACACGGAUGAGCCGCCCAUCCAACUUCGUCAGCUGGCCGUUUCGGGAGCAAUGUCACCAACUAGUAACGAACGUCGCCACUUGGAGGAUGUCAGCAAUCAGUCACCGCAGCAGACGCAACAACCAAUGUCGCCCACGCGACUUCAACAGAACAGCAACAAUGCAGAGGCGGCCAAGAACAAGGCGCUGGUCAUCGGAGCAGAUUCCACCAAUUUGGAUCCGGAAUCUGUAGAUGAGAUGGAGCGGCGCAAGGAGAAAAUCAUGCUGCUGUCUUUGCAACGCCGCCAGCAACAGGAGGAGGCCAAGGCGCGCAAAGAGAUUGAGGCUUCUCAGAAGCGAGAAAAGGAGCGCGAGAAGGAAGAGGAACGAUCGCGCAAAAAGGAGGAGCAAAUGGCACGGCGAGCGGCCAUUUUGGAGCAGCACAGACUCAAGAAAGCCAUUGAAGAGGCCGAGCGAGAGGGUAAAACCCUGGAUCGGCCCGAUCUGCACGUGAAGCUGCAAUCCCAUUCAUCCACCUCAACGACCCCGCGGCUGAGGCAGCAGCGCACCACGCGUCCCAGGCCUAAGACAAUUCACGUGGACGAUGCCAGCGUGGACAUCAGCGAGGCUUCAAGCAUCUCUAGUCGGGGCAAAAAAGGCUCAAGCUCGAAUCUAACCGGCUACGGUCAACUAAGCUCAAAUUCAAUGAAAAGAGAUUACUACAGGGGCUCGCAAGACUCCCUCACUGUAAAAGAGCCAGCCGGCGUAGAAAGGGGCCGCACUCUGUCGCGUAUCUCCGUCGCUAAGGGCAGCACGCUUAAUUUCCGGGGCCGAAAGUCCAAUUCGCUAAUGAAUCUGUGCGACACAGAUUCGGGACUGGGACGCGCCACUCCGCCGAGGCGUGCUCCGUCGCCUGGAAUGGGAAUGGGCGCUUCAGGUAGGCAUAUGCCAUCUCCCUCCGGACCGGGCUCAUUGCCGCCAGGUUUGAUAUCGAAACGUCGCGGAUUUGAUGAUGGAUCCAGCGAUUUCUCUUUAACUCCGAAUUUGAACAUGGAAUAUUCGGGUCCUAAACUCUAUAAGCAACCAGCGGCCAAAUCGAAUCGUGGAAUCAUCCUGAAUGCCGUUGAAUACUGUGUUUUUCCCGGCGUUGUCAACCGCGAGGCCAAACAGAAAGUGCUGGAGAAGAUAGCGCGCUCGGAGGCGAAGCACUUCCUGGUACUCUUCCGCGAUGCUGGCUGCCAGUUCCGCGCCCUCUAUAGCUACCAGCCGGAAACGGACCAGGUGACCAAGCUGUAUGGCACUGGGCCUAGUCAAGUCGAAGAAGUCAUGUUCGACAAGUUCUUCAAAUAUAACUCAGGAGGCAAGUGCUUCUCGCAAGUACAUACCAAGCAUCUGACAGUGACCAUCGACGCCUUUACAAUACACAACUCUCUGUGGCAAGGCAAGCGGGUGCAGUUGCCCAGCAAAAAAGACAUGGCGCUUGUAAUCUAAGCGGUGGUCAGAGUAUUUUGAAUGGCAUCGAUUCGGAUGCAAUAAGGAGGCGGCGGUGGAGCGGUUGGGCCAACGGGCGCUUGGCGCGGUUUUGGCGAAACAACACUAUUCUACAAGAUUGCGCAUUAAGACAUCUAUGGAAACAUAACAAAACAUACCCAAUGUUUUUCUAUAGGUCGCGGGGUUUUGGUGUUCAUCGGGGCAUAUACGGCUAAAUACUAUUUGCACAUGUUUCAAGAACAAAUCGGAAUUUACGAAAAAUAUUGUAGUGAUUAAUACAAUGCGAUUGAAUAUUUAUUUUGAAUAUAAAUGCAUAUAUCCAGCCUAAGAAUUUAUUGUCCACGCAAGCCUGAAACAGUAGGAGAAGCAUUCAAAUGUAAACGAGGAACAGAUAGCAGGUAAAAGAGAACACAGAGCAGAGCACA